AUGGAUUCACAAAAGAUGAACUACAAUGCUGGACAAGCCCAGGGCCAAGCUGAGGAAAAGGCAAACACCAUGAUGGACAAGGCUAGCAAUGCUGCUCAAUCAGCUAAAGAAUCAGCACAAGAGGCUGGGCAGCAAGUGAAGGAAACGACACAAGCAGCUGCUGAAGCUGUCAAGAAUGCAACAGGGAUGAAUAAUUAA